AUGGAUGGAGAUAUCAAGGGUGAGAUUGCACUUGACAUUGGAACAAAACUCAACGAUUCCUCGAAGAGAGUAAGAAUCGGAGCAUUGAAUAUUCUCCAACGCUCUAUAUCUAAUGAAAGUCACAAUGCUGAAGACCUAAAUACUAUUCUUGAUGCAUUGUUAGGAACAUAUAACUACUAUAAUGACCUUGAAUCCAGGAAUGAGGUUCUCAAUACACUAGUUGUGUUGCUCAGGUUAGAUCAUUCAAAGUAUUUGACUAGGAUUGAAUCAUUCAUUAAUGAAAUUAUUUGCGAUGGAAAAUCAACAAUUGCAUUGACUGAUUACUUGACAUUGUUGAGCUGGGUAAAUAAGCUCACCACAAUCGAAUUAAAGCAGGGUCUUGUGGACAAUCAGAUCAAGUUAUUAAACAUUUGUGCCAAGCUCAGUUUUCGUGAGCAUAAAAGGCAUGGUAAAAGAGUAUAUCUGUCGACAAUAAAUUCAGUAAAGCACUCUCUUAAUGUUAGCUUGGUAUCCGCCGAUGACUUAGACAUAGUCAUGGUGUCUUUGCUCCGAUGCAAGGAUCCAAAUGCAACAUUAUUAUUUACGGGAGUUUUGGUGAGAUCCCUAGAGGAUUUGGUUCCUCUGAAACCAUCCUUGUUACAACAUUUCACAGAAAUACAUAAGAAACAGAUCUUGGAUUAUUUUAAAGAAGUUUUAUUUGAAAAGGUUGCUCCAGAGAGUUAUUCAUUACAAAAUUUUGGCAUAUUUGUAAAUAGAUUUGUUGGUAAAGAAGAUUUUGAAGCUUUGAUAUCGAACAUAGAGAAGUGUAUCCUCAGGUCUUCUGAAGUGUCUUUCGGCUCUAUUUUACCUUACUUUUUUGGAAAUUUACAGGAAUUUGACAUAAGCAAGAUCUUGGUGGGCACAAAAUUGCUAGGAUCUACACUUUCGUCUUUGAAGUCUAACAAGGAGCACGUACGUGAAGGUGCUUUCAGAUCAAUUUCUUAUUUACUACAGCAUAAUCUUAAAGGCUCCACGCCCGAAGAUAUUCUGGUCAUAUUAGAUGAGGUCUUCAAAGCGAUCAAAGCGACUAGUAAUGCAGAAAGCAAAAAGUAUAUGGUAAAAUGUUUAUCCUUAGUAAAAUCAUCAGGCGCAACACUGAAGAUUCUAGAAGGUUUGAUGCCUCUUAUCGCAAGGGAUCAAAAUGAAACGUCUUUGGCAUCGUUGGUUUUUGCAUUUUUGUCACAAUAUAUAUAUGGUGAUAAGGUAUCUGAAGAAUUAAAGAAGAAGGUGUUGGAGCAGGUUAAGGCUGGUUUAAGCGAGAAAAAGAUCCCUUUGAGAAACAUAUGGUUUUUGAACUUAGGAACUUUUGCUUUUGAUGACAAGAAAAACAAUAGUGAUGUAUUAUCCAUUGUGAAACAACUCUUUACAGAAAUGAUGAAGACUUUGGAAGAAGCACAAAUGUCUCCUUUGCCUACAGUAGGAAACAAAAGCAUCACAUCAGCUCACAUUGUUAUUGUUCUAGCAGAUUUAAUAAAGUUUGAGGAUAAGGAGAACUUAGUGUAUUCAAGAUCCUUGUAUGGUUAUGACAAUAAACCGUCGAUAGUUGCAGAUGAGAAAGUUGUAUGUAAAUUGGGAAGUGAUCAAGAGGCUUUGUGGCUUGCAAGAUCAUUAUCUUCAAUAAUGUCCCAUAUACUGGAUUUAUCGGAUUCCUCCUUGGGAUUUACAUGGCUCUACUUAUUGACUUCAAACAAUGUUUCUUAUAAUGUUAGAUCGUAUGCAUUACUUUUAUUAAAAGAAAAGUUGAGCUCAAAUCUUAGUGAAUUGCUAAUAAAGUGCAUUUAUGAAUUCUUAGGGGACACGAGAGAACUAGAAACGUUCAAUUUGAACACUAAAUACUUUUCACCACUUCUUUCCUUGCUUGGCUCUUAUUCGAAGCAGAAUUUAGUAAACUUGCUUGUGGCUACGAACUAUGACGAUAUACCUGUUAAUGAUGGCUGGGUUGGCCUUUGCAGAAGAUCCAGCGAAGACGUUGGGAGCUUGGUUGAAAAUAAUGUUGACUUUAUAACAAGUAACUGUCUUGAGAUAGCCAACACCUCAGCUUCAAGAAAAUUGAAGAGGGCAGCAAUCACUUCUAUUGGAGUUAUAUCGUUUAUUCAACCUCAAAUUGUAUCAUCUAAAAUUGCAUCUUUAGUUAAAUCAAGUCUUGUUCUCCAUGAGAUAGCUCUGGACGAUUUACUGAUAUGGCGUGGAGAAGAGGGUAAGUUGGUCAUUGAUGUACUUCUGACGAAUACGAGUCAAAAACAUGAUCAUAAUUCAAAGGAUUACGAAACUAAGAAGUGGGAAGAAAAGGUGAAAAAAGAAAUAGCCAGCAAGAAGAGCGCUCCAAAAAAAUUGACCAGAGAAGAGCAGAGCCUUGUGAAUGAUCAAUUGUUGAAAGAAUCAAAGAUACGUUCCGAUAUUAACUCUAAGAUUAAUCAAUUGGAAGUCAUACUUUUGAUCAUCAAAGAGUUGGUUCUUAACUCGUUACAGAUAGACAAUAAAGCUCAAACGUGGUACCCAGUUUCGGUCAAUAGUGUUCUCUCGAUAUGCGAGAAUGAGAAUCUGCUAACGCUAUUAGGUAAGUUACCUAUCGAAACAUUUUUAGACUUAUCGUUGCUUCUUUCUUCCAGACUUGGCAAUUUGAAGGCUUUCGUUGGUAUUGCGAGUUUAAGGGUUUUCAAUACUAAAGGUCUUGACCAGAGUUAUGUUCAAGAGUCAGUUUUAGACUUAUUAAGUCGAAUUCUAUUCAGGAUCAAAAUUCUCUCUGAUCAGUCACUGUUGGACGAGUUGAGUUUUUCUUAUAUUCUACCUUUGUUAGAAAAGGUCAUAGAAAAUGGUAAACUUGUUGCGAUGAAGAACUCAAAGAAGAGUGCAGUUACUUCUGAGUUCGUUGAAGAAGACCAAGAAGAAGCACUUCUAUCAUUGGCCAUUGAGAUAGUUUCGUUACAUGCUGAAGUGUUUGAGAAUCCCACUAUUGCAAGAAGUACUAUUCUUAAUAAUUUAAUUUCUUUGAUGGCAUUACCUUCUAAGGCAAAGAGUGCUAAGGAGUGCUUCUUAUCAUUGUGUCAGUAUAUUUCGGUAAGGAUAUUACCUCAAGAUCUUGAUUUAUUGAUGAAGAAUGUGAUUUCGAAAGAGACAUUUGUGAGGCUAGCAAUACUUGAGGGUUUAGAUUCGGAGUUUGACUUGAGAAAUGAAACCGACUACUACAGUGAACUAUGGAUUGCUUAUCAUGACAAUAAUCCAUCUAUUUCAGAGUUAGCUAAAGUGGUUUGGGAUGAUAAUGAAAUGAAGUUGCCGUCCGAUGCACCAAGCAAGUUAUUGGAAUUUUCAGGCAGCCAGAGCUCAAGUUUAAGGCUCUCUGUAGCCAGCAGCAUUUAUGAUUCGGUUUCUAUUUUAAAGGAAAAUGAUCCAUCUAUUUUUGAGAACACAUUAAAGGAACUCAUAAAUCUCUAUAAUGUGAAGAAAGAUCCCCCGCCCGCAAAACUAGAUAGGUUUGGAUUGGUCAUCAAGUCAUCCGUUAAUCAUAAGGAUUCUUGGGAAGAAAGAUCAACUAUUGCCCUCACAUUGAAGCUUUUGGCUCCAUUUUUCAAUCAAGAACUGGUGAAACGUGUUUUCGAGUUUCUAGUAAAUGGCUUGGCCUUAGGAGACAAGGAUCCUAUCGUAAGACAGGAAUUACAAGAGGCUGGUUAUGAAAUUAUAAAUAAACACGGAUUCAACAAUAUCGAAUCGUUGAUCCCAAUCUUUGAAAAUACUCUUUCGGCCCGUGAUGAAGGAUCCAAAACUCAAGACCAUGUUCGUGAAUCCGUCGUUGUAUUAUACGGCGCGUUGGCCCGUCACCUUGAUAAAUCUGAUAAAAGACUCGAAAUAAUCAUUCAAAGAAUGAUAAGAACCUUAGAUGCUCCUUCUGAAGACAUCCAGUAUGCUAUCUCAGAAUGCAUCUCUCCAUUAGUUGGCUCUUUUGAGGAUAAGUUGCCCUCUUACUUCUCAGAUUUAUUUACAAAGUUAUUUGAAGGUAAUAAUUUGGCCUCAAGGCGUGGAGCAGCUUAUGGUAUCGCAGGUUUAGUUAAAGGUGCUGGAAUAAAGGCGCUAACAGAAUAUGAUAUUAUUAGAACUUUAACGGAUGCUGCUGAUGACAAGAAGAAUUCUAAGAGAAGAGAAAGUGCUUCCUUUGGCUUUGAAUGCUUGUCUCAAAGUUUGGGAAAGUUUUUUGAACCUUAUGUAAUUGAAAUCUUACCAUUAAUUUUAAAGUCUUUGGGAGAUUCUAAUGCUGAAGUUCGUGAAGCAACAGAACUUGCGGCGAGACAAAUUAUGAAAAAUACCACCAGUUUUGGUGUUAAGAAACUUAUUCCCGUUGCUAUCUCCAAUUUAGAUGAAAUUGCUUGGAGAUCUAAGAAAGGAUCUGUUGAAUUAUUAGGAUCGAUGGCAUAUCUUGAUCCAACCCAGCUCUCUUCUUCUUUAUCUACAAUUGUUCCUGAAAUUGUCGGUGUAUUAAACGAUACCCAUAAGGAAGUUAGAAGAGCCGCAGACCAGGCACUUAAAAGAUUUGGUGAAGUGAUUCGUAAUCCUGAAAUUCAGGAAAUCGUUCCUGAUUUGAUCAAUGCUAUCGGUGAUCCUACUAAAUAUACUGAUACGGCAUUAGAUAAAUUGCUUAAGAUUCAAUUUGUUCAUUAUAUUGAUGGCCCAUCCUUAGCGUUGAUCAUUCAUGUUAUACAUAGAGGUAUAAAGGAUAGAUCUGCGGCAGUAAAGAAAAAGGCAUGUCAAAUUGUUGGAAACAUGGCCAUAUUAGUUGAUUCGAAAGAUCUCAAUCCUUAUUUGUCGACUUUGGUAAGUGAAUUAGAAGUAGCUAUGGUUGAUCCAGUUCCUGCAACCAGAUCAACGGCCGCCAGGGCUUUGGGUUCCUUAGUGGAAAAGCUAGGCGAAGAGAAAUUCCCUGACUUGAUACCUCGACUCAUUGAGACUUUGCAAGAUAAAGGUAAAGCUGGCGAUAGGCUAGGUUCUGCUCAAGCUUUAUCUGAAGUAAUUUGCGGUCUUGGUGUUAAUAAACUUGAGGAGCUUUUACCAGUGAUCUUGUCGUCUGCAACAUCGCCAUACAGUCAUAUUCGUGCUGGCUAUAUGCCAUUGCUCUUGUUUCUUCCAGUUUGUUUUGGUUCGCAAUUCUCUCCUUAUUUGAAUAGAAUUAUCACGCCUAUCUUAUCAGGCUUGGCUGAUACAAAUGAGGAUAUAAGAGACACAGCUCUCAGAGCAGGAAGGUUAAUAGUUAAGAACUAUGCUACGAAGGCAGUUGAUUUAUUAUUACCAGAAUUAGAAAAAGGCUUGUCAGAUUCUAACUAUAGAAUUAGGCUCUCCUCUGUUGAACUCACAGGUGAUCUUUUAUUCCAAGUUACUGGUAUAUCUGGUAAAAAUGAGAUUGUUGAUGAUCAUAGUGAGCAUUCGAAGGAAAUCAAUAAGAACCUCAUUGAAGUUUUGGGACAGGAUCGUCGUAAUCAUAUUUUGUCAGCGUUAUUCAUGUGUCGUUCUGAUGUUGCUUUGAUUGUUCGUAGUGCAGCAGUCGACAUUUGGAAAGCAUUGGUAGCUAAUACGCCUAGAACAGUGAAAGAGAUUCUUCCUACCCUUACUACCAUUAUUGUUAGAAGAUUGGGUUCUGAUGAUGAGGUCCAAAGAACAAUUGCUGCCCAAACAUUGGGUGAAAUGGUUCGUAGGGUCGGAGCUAAUGCGUUGUCUCAAUUACUUCCUACUUUAGAGAAGACAUUAAGAGGCAGUGAUGAUGGAUCAAAACAGGGUAUAUGUAUUGCCUUAGUUGAGCUAAUAAAAUCAACUCUGCAAGAUGGGUUAAUAGAAUACCAGGAUAUCUUCGUCAGGAUUAUUCGUGAUUCUCUUGUUAGUCCUUCUCCAACAAUAAGAGAAGCUGCAGCAUUUGCAUUCGAGGCUCUUCAAGAUGAGCUUGGAAAAGUCGUUAUUGACAACGUCAUCCCUCCAUUAUUGAAUAUGAUGACUCUGGAGGACUCUGAAUAUGCUUUGCUUGGUUUGAAAGAGGUCAUGUCUAUGAAAUCUGACGUAAUUUUCCCUAUUUUGAUCCCUGCAUUAUUGUCCCCUCCAAUAGACAGCUUCAAAGCCAAUGCUCUAUCUUCGUUGGCUUCGGUGGCUGGAGCUUCAAUUUAUAGGCAUCUUCCGCUCAUCAUCAAUACCUUGGUCGAUGCAAUUAUCAAUGCAAAGUCAGAACCAGAAGAAAAGCAAGAUGAAAUUAGGUCUGCACUUGAAUCAGUUUUGUUGUCUAUAGACAGUGCAGAUGGCGUUAAUCCUUUGAUGCAACAUUUGUUAUCGCUCGCUAAGCAUGAAGAUAACGAAAAGAGGGCCGUAAUUUACAGUGUAUUAGGUCCAUUUUUUACUAAUACGAGUCUCGAUUAUAGCAUUUAUUUGCAAGAUAUGGUUUCUCAAUUUAUAUUGUCUUUAGGUGAUAAAACUCCAGAAGUUGUUGAAGGUACCUUUAACACAUUAAAUUCUUUGGUCAAAAAGCAAAGUAAAGAAUCUUUAGAGAAACUUGUCAAGGUUGCAAAGCUGUCUUUGGAAUUAACUGGAGUGAGUGGAGAAGUUCUCGCUGGCUUCGCUAUCCCUAAGGGACCUAGCUGUAUUCUUCCAAUAUUCUUACAUGGUUUGAUGUACGGAAAUUCUGAGCAAAAGGAAUUAGCUGCCCUAGGAAUUGCAGAUAUCAUUAAUAAGACACCGUCAGAUAAUCUCAAACCUUUUGCUACCACAAUUACUGGUCCCUUGAUUCGUGUGAUUGGAGAAAAAGUGUCGAGUGAUAUUAAGGCCGGUAUCUUGAUUGCAUUGAAUAAUUUAUUGAACAAGAUUCCUCAAUUCUUAAGGCCGUUCAUUCCUCAACUUCAAAGAACAUUUGUCAGAUCUUUAUCUGAUCCUAAGAAUGAAGUCCUUCGUUCUCGAGCUGUGGCUGCCCUUGGAACCCUCAUUGAGUUUCAACCAAGAGUGGACUCAUUAAUCACAGAAUUGGUCACUGGAGCAAAGAAUGCGGAAAAUGAGGGAGUCAAGAUUGCUAUGUUAAGAGGAAUGUUACAAGUUAUCACUAAAGCCGGAGCUAAAAUGAGUGAAAGUUCGAAAGCGAUGAUCAUGGCUCUUGUUGGACCAGAAAUUUCAAAUGCUGAUGGAAAGGUUGCAAUUGAGUAUGCCAAGUUAGUUGGGUCUGUUUCAAGGAUUUUGACCCCAGAUGAAGCAACUUCUAUUUUAAAUCAAGAGAUUCUAAAAGAAGGAGAUCUUUCGAAGGAGAAAUUUUCGAUUCCAGCUAUCAAUUCAUUCUUGAAAUUCUCACCUCAUCAUAUCUUAGAUUCGAGCCUAUUUGAAGAAAUUAUUGAUUUCAUAAUUAAGUUUUGUGACUCGCCAAACUCCUAUAUAAGUGAUAACGCUAUUUUAGCUAUUGGAAAGCUUAUACUAUCGCCAGAAAAAGAAAACCCUUUAUGGUCUAAUCAAGAUGUGCUAGAAAAGUUGAUGAACCAAUUAUCCAUUAGCGCAUUAGAUCCAAACUCAAACUCGCCUGAUACCAGAAGAUUGUCUUUAGUUGUUAUUAGAACAGUUGCUAGAUUCAAAUUCGAAGCAGCGAUCAAACCAUUUUUGGACACAAUAGCUCCGUCAGUUUUCUUAUGUGUCCGGGAUCCUAUUAUACCAAUUAGGUUGGCUGCAGAGAAGGCAUUUCUCUCUAUAUUCCUCUUAGUGGAGGACCCAAAUAUGGAGCUAUUUAAUUCUUGGUUCGAAGGAAAGGCGACAAUAAUGAGUAUUAAUGGUACUUCGAUUCAGCCGAGAUCUUUGGGUGACUACACUAGAAGAGUGGCUUCAAGGUUAGCAGGUGUUGAGAGAGAACGGAUAGAAGAUGGUGGAGAUGCUGAAACAAUGUUCAGCGAUAGGUUUGAAGACGAAAAAGAAGUAUGGGCAGUUGGUGGCCUUUGA